GGCAUAGCAAUGAAGCAGCGCAAGGACCGUCGCUGGGAAUUUCGCAUUCCAUUUACACAAGUACCAAAAGACUUGGCAAACAGGGGAAACAAGUGUUUAUGCAUAGAUAUGUAGUAGGCAGUGGGUAUUUUAAGACAUUAGUCGGUAAACGGUCCACGCAUUAAUAUUGCCAGAAAUUAUUUAAGUGUGAGAAAUUGACGUGUCGGGAUGUUCAGACCCGAGAGGACGAACCCAAAUUUGGGCAGUGCCGCUCGAGGACGGGACCCUGACCACCGGAGAUUCACGGUUGAAGGGUGUCCCAGCAGAGACUCACCCUUUUCGCUCGAGCUGAAUCCCAGGAAGAGACUUCAUUCAGCGGAGGAAGCGCUAUGUGGCAGCCGGCCACCCCCGGAGGGCGCUGGGUCUGUGACCAUAUCGGAGUCCGGUCACUUCGAGAAAAGGGACGGCAAGGGGAACUUGUGCAAGCAAUGUCAGAUGAAAGUCGCAGAACUGAAGAGACAAGCGCUCGCGCUGGCCGAUCCAGGGUCGCUGAAGGACCCGGGCUUCGCCGCCUUCCUCUUCGACAAGCUCCAAGUGCCUGAGUACCCUCCGCUGGGCCGGCAUGAGGGUGGGGGCCGCUGUGAGGUCUGCACUGCCCCUCCCCACCAGCUGAGACAGCAGGCCCUCCAGACCAUCCUGGCCCUGGCCAAAGACAUGCCCGACCUGCCGCCCAGCGCCCUCGCGGGCCUUCCCCCGCGCCCUGCAGCCCACGGCGUGGUCACGCUCUCCUCCCCCCGCGACUGGGCGGCGCCCGCGGGGAAGCAGCCCGCCAAAGCCCACACCAUCCUGUCCGCGGGGGACAGGCGCAGGGGGCUGGGCUGGCAGCCGGGCGCCUCCGGCGGGGCCAAGUCCAGCGUGCAGGUGACGGUUGGGACGGGGCCGCUGACGAGCACCCUCAGCUCCGUCACCAUCCAGGCGCAGCAGUAUCUGGAGGGCAUGUGGAGCAUCUCCCGCGUCAACAACUUCCUGCCGCAGCCCUGCCUGACUCAGGGCUUGACGGCCGAAGCGGAGUGGGAGAGCGUGACCCCCGAGGCCUCCGUCGCGGGUGCAAGCAGCUGCCCGCCGCCCGCCCUCCAGGGCAGCCCGGUCCAUCCGGUGCAGGCCACGGCCAGCCCCCCUGCUCCGUCCCACGGCACGUCUGCCGCGGCCUCCUUCUUCAUCAGGGCUGCGCAGAAGCUGAACCUUUCGUCCAAGCGCAAGAAGCACCAACCGCCGCUGCCGCUCUCGCAGGAGCCCUCCAUCUACCCCACGAGCUUCAGCGGCAUCCUGCAGGUGUCUCCGCCCCCCGCGCCGCCAUGCCUUCUCCGGGCCGUGUCAAAGGUCAAGGACAACCCGGGGAUGGGAAAGGUCAAGGUCAUGAUGCGCAUCUGCCCCUCCCAGGGGACCCACGACACGUCCGAGUCCAUGUCCUUCCUGAAGGUGGACCCGCGCAAGAAGCAGCUGACCUUGUACGACCCGGCGGCCAGCGCGCACUCCAGCUCAGGGCACCGGCGCGCUGUGGUGGCCGCCCCAAAGAUGUUCGCCUUCGAUGCCGUCUUCACCCAGGAUGCCUCGCAAGCUGAGGUGUGUUCAGGGACAGUAGCGGAAGUCAUCCAGUCAGUGGUUAACGGUGCAGAUGGCUGCAUCUUCUGCUUCGGCCACGUGAAGCUUGGCAAGACUUACACCAUGAUUGGCAAGGACAGCUCCACCCAGACCCUGGGCAUCGUGCCCUGUGCCAUAUCCUGGCUCUUCAAGCUCAUCAACGAGCGCAAGGAGAAGACGGGCACGCGCUUCUCCAUCCGCGUGUCGGCCGUGGAGAUCUGCGGCAAGGACGAGACGCUGAAGGACCUGCUCUCCGAGGUGGCCAGCGGCAGCCUCCAGGACGGUCAGUCCCCAGGGGUCUACCUGCGCGAGGACCCUAUAUGUGGCACACAGCUCCAGAACCAGAGCGAGCUCCGCGCUCCCACCGCUGAAAAGGCCGCCUUCUUCCUGGACGCGGCCAUCGCCGCGCGCAGCACCAGUAGGCCCGACUGCGACGAGGAGGAGCGCCGCAACUCCCACAUGCUCUUCACCCUGCACAUCUACCAGUACCGCAUGGAGAAGAGCGGCAAAGGAGGAAUGUCUGGCGGACGGAGCCGCCUGCACCUCAUUGACCUGGGAAGCUGUGAGAAGGUCCUGAGCAAGAGCAGGGAUGGAGGUGGUGGUCUGUGUUUGUCUCUGACCGCACUGGGCAACGUCAUCCUCGCUCUGGCCAAUGGAGCCAAGCACGUACCUUACAGGGACAGUAAGCUAACGAUGCUGCUGAGGGAGUCACUGGGAAACAUCAACUGCAGAACCACCAUGAUCGCUCACAUCUCUGACUCUCCGGCUCAUUAUGCCGAGUCGCUCACCACCAUCCAGCUGGCCUCGCGAAUCCACCGCAUGAGGAAAAAGAAAUCUAAGUAUGCAUCUAGCUCCUCUGGUGGGGACAGCUCCUGUGAGGAGGGGCGAAUCCGCCGACCGCCGCACCUGAGACCCUUCCACCCACGGACUGUGGCCCUGGACCCAGACCUGCCCGCGCUGCUCAGCGACCCAGACUACUCCUCUAGCAGUGAGCAGUCCUGUGAUACGGUCAUCUACGUGGGACCAGGGGGAGCUGCCAUCUCUGACCGUGAGCUCAGUGACAACGAGGGCCCACCUGCCUUUGUUCCCAUCAUCCCCUCACUGAACAGGAAGCGUGCCAAAGAGGGGCCGGUGGACAGAGACCACUUCAAGUGCAACACGUUUGCAGAGCUACAGGAACGACUGGAGUGCAUUGAUGGCAGUGAGGAGCCAAGCUCCUUCACAGGGGAGGGCAGGGGGUCUCUAUCAGGCUCCAAAACAGACAGUGGAGCAGUCAAACUCAAAGAGGGGGCUUCUGUUUCUGUAAGGACUUCUGCCAAAGCCUCCUCGCAGGAGGGCAUUUCACCCAAACAAACUCCCCAGUGUGUAGCCACUCACCCAGCCAGCAGCACCCCUGUCAAGUCCAAAAUGGAACAUUCCAAAUGGCCGAGUGCCACUUCAGAAGGGGGCAUCUCAGAGAGCUUGAGCCGAACAAGUGCGGAUGGGGAGAAGGUGCUGGCUUCUGACGGUCGGACUGGUGUUUACAAACACGGUGGGGCAGCAUCACAAGAUUCUGAGCCGGUGGUGCGUGAGAAGGUGUACUUCAACAAAAGGCCACUACCCAAGCCUGCCCCUCCUCCCCCUCAGCAGAAGGAGUCCAGGAGACUCUACCCAGAGACAGAGGGAAGCUCUGCUACCAGGAUGCCCCCUGUUGGGAUGAGCCACCAAGCUCUGAAACGAGGAGAAUCAGGGGGUUCCCCUGUGCUUGGCAGAGCCCAUUACAUGAGCAGAACCCCCAUGGAGGUGAGCCACCUGCGCUCGACCCUCAGAGGGAGAUGCUUUGACAGGGACAUCUUGAGGACCACUGUGACACUGCAGCAGCCUGUUGAACUGAACGGAGAGGAUGAGCUGGUGUUCACGGUUGUAGAGGAGCUGUCCAUUGGUGGAAUCAUUGACAAUGGACGGCCCUCCAGCAUCAUCAGCUUCAACAGUGACUGCUCUCUGCAGGCCUUAGCCUCGGGCUCACGUCCUGUCAGCAUCAUCAGUAGCAUCAAUGAUGAGUUUGAUGCCUACACCUCCCAGGUGGGUGCAUCUGGAGUAAACAUAGAGAUGGUUACACCUCUGCAAGAGGAGCCAUUUGUCUGCUCGGGCAGUAGACGUUCCUCCAUCAGCUCCUGGCUCAGCGAGGUUAGCGUAUGCACAUUGGAGAGUGAAGGCAUUCACUCCACAGACAGCCUCCUACCACAGUCUAAGCACAUUGGUCCAGAGAGCACCUUAUACUUAGAUUCUCUUGGCAUGUUCCACAAGGAGCCCUUCUCUCCACAGGAUGCCAAGAGCUCCUUGAAUGACAGUGGUUUUUGCUUCUCGGAGUUAGACAGUGACAGCGCUGCCUCCAGCAAACUCUCCCUGAGCAUGACAAAGUGCCCACCAUCCCCUGAUUCUACCAAAGCACCCAACAAAGGUCCUAAAGUAACAAAAGCCAGUACUCUCAACACUUGUCAACCCCCACAGAGCUCUGAAGUUGUUCACUCCAGUCUUCCCAGGAAAAUGAAACCUACCUCAUCCGUCCCCCAGAAUAGCAACAGCAGUGGCAGUAGCCGUGAACUGCAGAGACAGGAAGGCAAACCAGAUGACCCUUGGCUGCGCAUGGACAGCCACACUGAAUCUCAAAUCCCUGACUCCAGUCCUGCUGGAAGGGUCUCCAGGAAUGGCACAAGUGGAAUACCCUCAAGGAAGCCAGGCGUGAACAGCAACAGCGUACCUCGAACACCCAAGAUGCAGGGGUCUACCUCAUCACAGAGAGUGGUGGACGGAUGUGAGAAGUCCAGCAGCAAGAAGGCAGAGGCUCCCAGUAAAAUGCCUCAGUUCAGGAGAGGGGCGACCACGCUUGGCACUGUGCCUGUAAUCCACAGUUCCUCUGAUUCUAAAGGGAACCAAGAUGGCACAUCAACAACUGGCAGCCUCAAGUUCUCCUCCUUGGGGAAGAAGACAAAUGGACAGAAAGGUAGUAUGCUUCCAAAGCCUGGUGGCACCUCACCUCCUGCUCCACCAGUCCGCAAAUCCAGCCUAGAUCAGAAGAACAGGAUCUUGCUGCCCCCAAGUGCCUUAAAGUCUGCAGGUAUUGAUGCAGGAAAGUCCUCAGCACCUAGGGCAGCAGCAUCAGAAGAUGAGUUUGACAUACGGUUGAGAGGGGACUCCAGUAACUACAAGACAUCUAGCUUAAAGACUGACUACAGUUCUGCUAGGGCAACAUCUAGUCUCAAGUCUAGAGGAGCCAAAGGAGAUGCUGGACAGUGCUAUGGCAGUCAGAUGUCCUUGGAGAGAUGUGACAGCUUGACUUCAGUGGGAUCUAAACCUGGACUCAGUAGAGAGAAUAGUGGUGCCAGCUUGGGCAGCAAUGGGAAGUCCGCCCGGUCGGUACCAAGACUUGGAGUGCCCACCUCCACCUCCACACCUACUGCUACCUCCCCACCUCCCUGUGUGGUCCCAGGAACCCCAGGCAAAACAGGGCAAAUAAAAGGCAGUGUCAACUCCAAGGCCAUCGGCAUCAACGGAAACAAGGCACGAUCCCUGUCCACAAGCAACUCCAAGGGUCUGAGCUCAUCCACCAAAUCAUUGGCUGCUCCAGCCACAAGGAAUGCCAACCUGCCCCCCACUGGGAAAACGUCACCUCGGUCUGUUACAGGGGUCAAUGGAAAACCAGGGAGAGGCACCAUCAUGGGCACAAAGCAAGCCAUACGGGCUGCUAACAGUCGCGUCAGUGAGCUGGCUUCAGGGAGCCCUGGGAAACACUUCAGGGGCUCUGGGGACUCAGACAGUGGCAAUGACAGUGGGGUGAACCUCAGUGAUGAGAAGACCUCCAUCCCCGUUCUGCCUUCCCCCUACAGCAAGAUCACAGCCCCAAGAAGGCCUCAGCGCUACAGCAGCGGGCAUGGCAGCGAUAACAGCAGUGUCCUGAGUGGAGAAUUGCCCCCGGCUAUGGGACGCACUGCGCUCUUUUAUCACAGUGGGGGCAGCAGUGGCUAUGAGAGUAUGAUCCGGGACAGCGAAGCCACUGGCAGUGCCUCGUCUGCUCACGACUCCAUGAGUGAGAGUGGCAUGUCUUCUUCAGGCCGCACCAGGACUUCUAAAUCCCCCAAGAAGAGGUCUAAUGGCCUUCAGAGGCGGCGGCUGAUCCCGGCUCCUUUGCCGGACACCUCAUCUCUUGGGAGGAAGGCCAGUGCCACAGGCCAGUGGGUGGACCUUCCUCCCUUGCCCGGGACUCUGAAGGAGCCCUUCGAGAUCAAAGUGUAUGAGAUCGAUGAUGUGGAGCGACUGCAGAGGAGAAGACAAGAGGAAGCAGCUGAGCAGCCAUUCCAGGAUGUUGAGAAGGGCCUGCUGUAUUUCAACACCAAACUGAAGAUACUGGAGAGGCGGCAGCAGCAGAUCCGGGACCUGCGGGUUAAGCAUGACAUGCUGAAGGAGGAGCUGGAGGACACCAAGCGCAGGCUGAUGAUGGAUCCCAGCAAGUGGCUAGGAGAGUUUGAGGUGGACCAAGAUUUGGACAAGGAGUCACAAGAGUAUCUGGAGGCCCUGGAACAGGUCACAGAGGAACUGGAGUACUGCGUCAACCUAUGCAAGUCACGCGUCAUGAUGGUGACGUGCUUCGACAUUGGGGUGGCGUCCGACGUUCAAGAUGGACCGCGAGAAGUCGAAGUGUGAGAGAGCGAGAAGAAGAGAGGGAACCCAGAAAGUCGACGAGGAAGGAUGACGAAAUGUCGCAGCAAGUUCAGAGAUACGCUGAGAUUGAGGCAGGAAGAGGGCAGCCCACAGCAAAAAGACUAAACUGAAUGGGCAUCAGACAUGGGUCUUUGCAGGGAGGAAGCACCUUUUCUUUCUGCAAAAGAAAUUCUCAUGGUGCCUCACGGUGUUGGACAGACAGGAAUGGAGCGGGACUUUUGAAAAAGCAGCAAAGUUUCUACAUUUUCUGCGUGGUGACAGAAAGUGGUUGUCAUAAACCCAAGAUUCAUUCAACGACAUCCGAAAGUGCCUUUUUCUUAAGACUGUUUUCGAGUGAAUAUUUUUUGUAUUGGUGCUAGUAUUAAAACCAGCAUACCUAA